AUGUCCUUUCAAGACGACUCGAGCAAAGUUCAUCUUCAACAGUUGCUAUUGUCAGUCAGCCUUCCCUUCAACUCCCUCAACUUUAACCAGUUGGUAGACUCAACCAGUUACUACUUCCGUUCAAACAUACAAGCAGACAACAACUCAAAUGGACAGCCAGAAACCAGUAGGACCACGGCGACAAGAAAAUCCAGCACCAAUUUCAAAUCAAGAUAUGCAGACAACAACUCAGAUGGAUUACCACAUACCAAUGGGUCCUCAACAACUGGAAAAUCCACAGGCGUCCCAGGCUGGUUGACCGAUGAGCAGGCGACCAUUUUAAACCGUGCUUUAAAAGGCCAUAAUUUGGUAAUUACCGGCCAGGCGGGCACAGGRAAGUCUWUCUUAGUAUCAUCGAUUUUAAAGAAUUUCMUAAAAGCAGGAAGAACUGUCGCUGUGGUAUGUUCGAGUGGUCUAGCAUGCACUGUUUACGACCGCCAUGUUGCUGCAACUGUUCAUUCAGCGUACGGGCUUGGCACGGCCUGUUUGCCGUGRCAAAAAGUGCUGAACAAAGCGAAGUYAAACUCAAUGGUGCUAGAGMGUCUUCKUUCGUCAGACAUGUUAAUCUGGGACGAAAUAAGUUUGUCAAGUUGCAGGAUUUUGGAGUUAGUGARCGCAAUUGAAAUUGCAGUUAGUCGCGACACUAACACUCGUCCGUUUGGCGGGAAGCAAGUGAUUUUAGUGGGUGAUUUUUGGCAGUUAAAGCCAGUGCCAAAUAUAUUCGACGAUGGACACUACGCCUUUACCUYMGGAAUWUUUAAUUUGGCAUUUCCCCACCGUUAUGAACUGACGAAGCUUAUGAGGCAAAACAAURAURAACUGAGGUUUCUUGAAGCGCUCUGUGAUGUGAGAGCUGGCCAUUGUCGUCAGACAACGCUUGCAUUCGUAUCUUCAUUGACAAGAAACCUUGACGAAACUCACUCGAGCGUCGCUACGCACAUCUUCUUUCUGAAACUGAACGCUGCUAUUCAUAAUUUGAAUGUUAUGAGAAGCAUGCCAGGCGAAUUUAUCGAGUUCAAUGCUGACAUCAACGGGGAACUGCCUGGAACAUCUGUUUGUCCAGSGGAACGAGUCCUAAGGUUGAAGAUAGGUUCYAAAGUCAUGCUUCUUUGGAAUCUAUCUGACAAUCUUAAAAAUGGAUCUCAAGGAACUUUUGAGGGAUUUGAUCAGGCACAUGCUCUCGUGAAAUUUCCAGUGGAUGGAAUAGUUAAAAUUUCCYGAAGGACGUGGUCAAAAGUUGACAAAAAUGGCUCCRUAGUUGGUACGAUGACCCAGUUCCCUCUUAUUCCAUCUUAUGCAAUAACUWGUCACAAAGCACAGGGUCAAACACUUCCAGCAGUUAUUGUUCACWGCAGCAACGAAUUUGUUUCUGGCCUGACAUAUGUUGCAAUGUCAAGGGUGAAGUCGGCCAAUGACAUCCAGGUGAUCAACUUCAAGCCAAAGUACCUGAGAAAUGUCCCAGAGUUGGUCACUAAUCAGGAAUGGAGUACAGCAGAUGAGCUUCAUCCAAACUUUAUCUGUUGUAGAGGGCAGCRCUUAAGCGAGACACGCCAUUUACAGGCCAGCGACAAGAGAAUGGAUGAUGACGAUGAAACACUGGAUGACAACUACGAGUAUCACAUGGUGGGAGAUGAUCAAUACCUAGAGAACAUAUUCGAAAGUAAUGACAUUACAAUUUCAAUCAAUCUAGCUGACAUCAGUGAAUUAUUGGAAGAGGAUACAGAACUGUCUUGUCUUCCAGAUAACAUUGCUUCGUUCUCUGAUACGUGA